GUUAAUUGUGUCUUUUUAGGAACUUUCCAAGGUCAAUGGGCAAAAGGGAUGAGACAUGGCUAUGGAGUCAGAAGCAGCGCUCCGUUUGGUCUUGCAACCUUCGUAAGGAACCAGUCUUUAAAAGCACCACCCACCCCGUCAGACAACCCAACUCCCGAGCCCAGAAGACCAGAGGAAUGCAGAGGAGGAUUUGUAUUGAAAUCAAGAGAGGCUACAAGUACUAUGGGAAGAUCACUGCCCGAUAACCGUCCUAAAGCAUCUACACUAAAAACGCUGUUUAAAUCGAAGAGCGGCGAUCGAACGAGCAGCUACGAAGAGGAGGAACCCGGUGGAUCUGGAUCGGAGGCAACAGACAGCAGUUUUGUCUUUCAAGAAGAUGAGGUCAUUGAUGUCAAUGUCAUCGAAACUUACAUGGGAGAGUGGAAAAAUGACAGAAGGAAUGGAUUUGGGAUUGCAGAAAGAUCCGAUGGCAUCAAAUACGAGGGCGAAUGGUACAACAACAAAAAAUUUGGUUACGGUCGCACAACCUAUAAAAAUGGAAUAGAAGAACUGGGAAAAUAUAAGAACAAUGUUCUGAUCGCGUCUGGAACGAAUAAGCACCUUUUCCUGUUACGUUCCAAGAAAUUCCGGGAUAGGGUGCAAGCAGCUGUGAACGCCGCCCACAGGUCAUCUCAAAUUGCUCUGCAAAAAGCCGAUAUUGCUAUAUCUAGAACAGCAACUGCUCGAGGAAAAGCAGAGCACGCGGACGCAGCAGCCAAACAGGCAAGAGCAGAGUCUGCCAUUGCUAGAAUGAUCGCCAACAAAUAUGCACCAGAAUUCCAGCAACCCGGUAAAAAUUAUAACUUUUUGCUUCUUUUAAAAAUUCUCUUAAAUUUUUAAAGGAAAUUGUUUUUA